AAACCACAAAAAUGCAUAAAAUGUCAAAAAAUUCUGAAGUGGUCAUUAUUUACGUAUAAAUAUAAUUUACGUGGAAUCUUGAUGUGGCAGAAUUAAAGCUUUAUAAUUUAUAUAAUACAUUAAGUGAUGAGUUGAUAAUAAAUCUCCAAAUACCAAAAUGGCUUAUCAAACCUUUAGAAAUGAAUAUAUGAAUAUGCCCCCGGUAACGAGGGCUUAUACUACUGCUUGUGUGAUAACAACCCUAGCAGUGCAACUUGAGAUAGCUUCACCUUUCCAACUUUACUUCAAUCCAAUACUUAUUGUGAAGCAAGGGCAAAUAUGGAGACUUAUUACAACUUUUUUAUUUUUUGGGGUUUUUGGUUUCAACUUUUUUUUCAAUAUGAUAUUUACUUAUAAGUACUGUAGGAUGUUAGAGGAAGGUUCAUUUAGAAACCGAACAGCUGAUUUCGUGAUGAUGUUCUUAUUUGGUGCCACAUGCAUGAUUAUAUUUGCAUUCUUUGUUAAUCUAUUAUUCCUUGGUCAAGCAUUUACCAUCAUGUUGGUGUAUGUUUGGGCUAGAAGAAAUCCAUAUGUACGAAUCAAUUUCUUCGGAUUACUAAAUUUUCAAGCCCCUUAUAUGCCUUGGGUUCUACUUGGAUUCUCUUUAUUGUUAGGUAACGCAGUUUAUGUUGAUCUGACUGGAAUUGCAGUUGGACAUAUUUAUUUCUUCUUGGAGGAUGUUUUUCCCAAUCAACAAGGAGGUUUUAAAAUUUUGAAAACUCCCAUGUUUUUGAAGAUGUUGGUUGAUCCUCAUCCAGAAGAUCCAGAUUAUGAACCUCUUCCAGAGGAGAGACCAGGUGGAUUUGAAUGGGGAAAUAGACAGAACCCCAAUGAGAAUCAAGAAAAUGAUUAAAGUGAUGAUAAUGAUGAUUUUCUUAAUGUAACUUGUAAAAUAUACCAAUGAACUACCUAAUAUUUAGAUAUUCAUUUUACUAUGUUCAUAUAAAACAUUUUGUUAUACAAA